CAUUUUUCCGGCAUUUCCCGUGUCAGUUGGCAGCGAUCAGUUGAAGUGAAAUUGUUGUGGUUACUUGAAACGACUCAGGCCUAAAUAUGAAGAAGCAGAACAGUGAGGGGCAGGAGCAGGAGUGCAGCGGAGGGGCACAGGCCAGCGCGGAGGAGGCGACCGGGGGAAGCGCUGUGGCGCCCGAGGCUCCAGGCAGUCCGGAAGGGACAGACGGACAGCAGUCGGUCACCCCUCCAGUGGACGCUCAGGCCAAGAAUGGCGAGGUGGAGGCCACAGUGCCUACGGCGUCCUGCGACAUGGCGGAAGAGCUGAGCCGGCAGCUGGAGGACAUCCUCAACACUUACUGCCAGGAGGACAGCGGUGAAGACGGGGCCCUGCCCGAGGCCCCCGAGGGCUGCAACGGCCAGCCCGACGGCCUGGAGGUCAACGGUGUGGCCGAGAAAGAGGACGGCAAGCCGGAGGAGCCCAAACUGAACGGCAGCGUUGCAGAGAAGGACCAGAAGAAAAUGCAGGAGAAGAAGAAGGUCAAGGGAUUAGGGAAGGAGAUCACCCUUCUAAUGCAGACCCUCAAUACCCUGAGCACGCCAGAGGAGAAACUGGCAGGCCUCUGCAAGAAAUAUGCUGAACUGCUGGAGGAGCACCGUAACUCUCAGAAGCAGAUGCGGGCCCUGCAGAAGAAGCAGACGCAGCUGAUCCAGGAGAAGGACCACCUCAGGAACGAGCACAGCAAGGCCAUCCUGGCCCGCAGCAAGCUGGAGAGCCUGUGCCGGGAGCUGCAGAGACACAACCGCACGCUCAAGGAGGACGGGAUGCAGCGCGCCCGGGUGGAGGAGGAGAAGCGCAAGGAGGUGACCUCGCACUUCCAGGUGACGCUCAACGACAUCCAGGCGCAGAUGGAGCAGCACAACGAGCGCAACGCCAGCCUGCGGCAGGAGAACAUGGAGCUGGCCGACAAGCUGAAGAAGCUCAUCGAGCAGUACGAGCUGCGGGAGGAGCACAUAGAUAAAGUGUUCAAGCACAAAGACCUGCAGCAGCAGCUUGUGGAUGCUAAGCUACACCAGGCCCAGGAGCUGCUGAAGGAGUCUGAGGACCGCCACCAGAGGGAGAAAGACUUUCUGCUGAAAGAGGCGGUAGAAUCCCAGCGGAUGUGUGAGCUCAUGAAGCAGCAGGAAGUCCACCUCAAGCAGCAGUUGUCAUUGUACACAGAAAAGUUUGAAGAGUUUCAGAACACGCUUUCCAAAAGCAACGAGGUGUUCACGACAUUCAAACAGGAGAUGGAGAAGAUGACCAAGAAGAUUAAGAAGCUAGAGAAAGAGACCACGAUGUACCGCUCGAGGUGGGAGAGCAGCAACAAGGCCCUUCUGGAGAUGGCAGAGGAGAAAACUCUGCGCGACGGCGAGCUGGACGGCCUGCAGGGGAAGGUGGUGCGGCUGGAGAAGCUGUGCCGCGCGCUGCAGACGGAGCGCAACGAGCUCAGCAAGAAGGUGCAGUGCAUGAGCAGCCAGGACGACGGCUCAGCCGAGGGCCCCGCCGAGGGCCCCGCCGCGCAGGGGCCGGCCGCCACGGACUCUGACGAGGGCGGCCCGAGCCUCCUCAGCAGCCCCGACCCAGAGACUCCGCCCGCCCACGCGCCGCACCCGCCGGCCUGCCACUGCGGCCCCGAGCUGGACACGGAGGCGGCGGGCGAGGCCUGCGCCCUGACCGCGCAGGAAUGAGCCCCGUCCCCCAGCCCCUCCCCUCUCUCCCCCCUUCUCUCUCUAUUCCAGUCCUCA